GGGCAUGGCCACCACCGGGGCGCUGGGCAACUACUACGUGGACUCGUUCCUGCUGGGCCCCGAGGCCGCCGACGAGCUGGGCGCGAGCCGCUAUGCACCGGGCGCCCUGGGCCAGCACCCCCGGCAGCCCGAGCACCCCGACUUCAGCCCCUGCAGCUUCCAGCCCAAGGCGGCGGUGUUCGGCGCCUCGUGGAGCCCGGUGCACGCGGCGGGCGCGGGCCCGGUGCCGGCCGUCUAUCACCCGCACCCCCCCUACGUGCACCCCCAGGCGCCGGUGGCGGCGGCGGCCCCGGACGGCAGGUACAUGCGCUCCUGGCUGGAGCCCGCGCCCGGCGCGCUCUCUUUGGCGGGCUUGCCCUCCAGCCGGCCUUAUGGCAUUAAACCUGAACCGCUGUCGGCCAGAAGGGGUGACUGUCCCACGCUAGACACCCACACUCUGUCCCUGACUGACUAUGCUUGUGGUUCUCCUCCAGUUGAUAGAGACAAACAGCCUGGCGAAGGCGCCUUCGCGGAAAACAAUGCUGAGAGUGAGAACGGCGGAGACAAGCCCCCCAUCGACCCCAAUAACCCGGCCGCCAACUGGCUCCAUGCGCGCUCCACGCGGAAGAAACGCUGCCCCUACACCAAGCACCAGACGCUGGAACUGGAGAAAGAGUUUCUGUUCAACAUGUACCUCACCAGGGACCGCAGGUACGAGGUGGCUCGCUUGCUCAACCUCACCGAGAGGCAGGUCAAGAUCUGGUUCCAGAACCGCAGGAUGAAAAUGAAGAAGAUCAACAAGGACCGAGCCAAGGAUGAAUGAUACGACUGGGUUCCUUUGGAAAAGAGAGAAGAGAGAGUUAGAGAGAAAGAGCGCGCGCAAGAACUGCCCAUCCCCUUCC